AUGACGAGGAAGGUUCCCUUGUUCUUCCCCGGCACCACAGUGAGCUCUGCUCUGCCCAGUUACGUCGCUCUGUGCCUCACUCUACAGGUUCACAGGCUGGCGUCAGCACAGUUCACAGUGACUGGACCUGACCACCCAGUCAUUGCCUCCAUUGCAGGGGAGGCCAUCCUGCCCUGCCACCUCUCCCCCAGGAUGAGCGCUGAGAACAUGGAGGUGAGAUGGUUCCGAUCCCAGUUCUCUCCAGCUGUGCACCUGUACCGUGAUGGGCAGGAUCAGUACGGAGAGCAGAUGUUGGAAUAUCGAGGAAGAACUGAGCUUUUGAAAAACAACAUCACCAAUGGGAGAGCUUCCCUGAGAAUACGCGAUAUCCGACCCUCCGAUGAUGGGCCAUAUGUGUGUUUUUUUCAGUCCGGUGUCUCUUAUGAAGAUGCUAUAUUGGAACUGCAGGUGGCAGACUUUUGGCUCAUUACGGGGUACUGUAGGAUUAUCACAAGUUCAUUUAUUUCUUCUGUAGGUUUCGGCUCUGCUCCUGCCAUCUCUGUGGAGGGACAUCAGGACGGAGGGAUCCGGGUUGUGUGUCGAUCAGCCGGAUGGUACCCACAGCCUGAGGCUCAGUGGAGAGAUCUCCAGGGGCAGCUCUUGCCAUCAGCUUCUGAAAACAUAUCCCAAGAGGCCAAUGACCUGUUUCAAACAGAGAUUGCCAUUGUUAUAACAGAAGAGUCCAACCAGAAAGUGUUCUGCUCUGUCAGGAAUCUCCUUCUCAACCAGGAGAGAGAGUCAGAGAUUUCCAUAGCAGAGCUGUUUUUCCCGAGGGUCAAUCCCUGGAUGGUGGCUCUGGGUGUGAUCCUGGCUCUCCUGGCUGUUCUCAUUGGCCUGGCCAGUUACUGCUUCUGGAGGCAACACAGAGCGAAAGGUGAAGUAACAAAAGGGGGGAAUUUGGUGGUAGAUGGAUAG